GGAAAACAAGGCAGGUUAGUACGAUUGCUAUGCGAAGCUGUGGGAAUUCUCUCGGCAGCCCGUGGUUGAUCAGAUAAAUGCUCUCCACAUCAAAUAACUGAAUUGAGAGAGCUUCCGCUCUGAUCAUUUCUCAUGUUACAUAGCCAUACCAGACUAAUAAUUAAGUGAACGCCUCUUUGUGAUAAAAGCGAAGUAGCGGAGAUAUUUUCAACGCCCUGGCGUGUUGCGAGAAGAUCAUUUAGCUUGGAACAUCAACAGAACACUAGGUGGCGGCUUGAAUCCGCAACGAUUUGGAAGAAAAUGGAGACCGAGAGGCUUUUUUACAUCUCCGUGCUUCUGUGUUUAUUUUGCAUCUGCCAGGUGAGCACGUUGAAUGCCUGUUUAGAAUGAACUCCUUGCCGUCUUUAUGAUACUAUCGAUUAGGAGGGUUAAGAACGAAUAAGCAUUGAUGACAAAAUCAAAGUUACAAAAAAUGAACUCCCGGUGUUGGAAACCGACUGAGUGAAGCAUUACUGCGCGGUUGUUUAGCAAGAGGCUUACCUCAAAUAGUGCUGGAUAACUGUUUUUCUAGAGUGGAUUAAUCGAUCGGAAAAGCUGCUUUCUUAGAGGGAUGUGAAACAAAAUGCUCAACAAACGAAGACGGGUUUUUUUCGUCCCAAGCCACACUUAUGGCGCCCCAUGUGUACUAAGCAGAAUCAUUGAUAUCUGACCUAUUUAUGGUAAUUCUGACUCACGGACUAAAUCAGAACCUUCCACCUCGAGAGAAGCUGCAUUUUCAAGUGCAUUGAUAUUCCCUGUGUGAGAGUUUGCACGAUCAACAUUUAUUCUUACAGAUAUUUAGAGAUUGAUGUUUAUAACUUUUCUCAAUAAGAGCAGAAACAAUAACGUUCCUUGUUAACAGAUUUCCCUUGUCGAUUGACUAGGACACAUUUUUGUAUUCACCAGUUUCUUAACUCAAAAUGGCCGAGCUUUUGCAAAGAAAACAUACCGAAGAAUUUCCUUUCGCCUAGUGUAAACACCUCUAAGUACCUUGGGGAAUUUUGAAAAAUUAACAAAAAUAUCAGUGAUUGAUGAUUGUUAUGACACUCAAUCAAGACAAAGGAGGUCAGUUCCUAAUUCAUCUGGAACCUAUCUCGCCUACCUCAUUAGUUUCAGAAGUCAAAUUUAGAGGAAAAUUCCACCUCUCGAUACAAACGAAAUUCCCUUUGGUACAGGUUUUCCUGUUGAGAGCGAGUUCGUACUUUUUUUGAUUUAAUAUCGAUUUAUACAGUUAACUGGAACGUACAUUUUUCGUACCGUUUAGGAAAUCAUUAUCCAUAACCUGUUAGCCAGCUGAUUUCUUGUAAAGGAAUCCAUGACAGACUCUGAGCUGGAUUCUGUCUAAAAAGCUCUUGAAAGUUAUUGAAACCUCUUGAGUUUUUAAUGGGCGUAAAAUAGAAUGCUUGAGUAAAUGCCUCAAAUCCUCUUGAUAUUUUGAUACCGAAUACCUUUGAAUCAUCGGAGGUUCUGGUAUUCGAUGAGCUGUUUCUGCUUUGAUUUGCAAAUGUUUUGCAGCGUUUUUUAGAUUUUUUCAUUGAAUUUUUUUUAAAGCAUACUAGCCUACGGAGAUGACUUACUGGCAUGUGAGGGUAUGAAUGAACUCCAGAAACUCUUUUGGGUAGAAAUCUUUCAACACAAAUACCUUUGCCGCUUUCGUCGCUUUCACAGAUCAUAACAUAGCGAUUUAAAUUCAAUGAUUAAAUUUCUCCAAGGGUUCCUUGUUGUGGGCCUGUCUACAAGAUCUUAAAAUUCAGCCAACAUGGAAACCCAAAUGCCCGUAUAGUGAAGAUAAACCUAUAUUUAUCGGAAAUGAGGUAUAGAUUUUUUUAAAAAUUUUUUUUUCUAUAAGGAUUGCAGCAAUGAUAAAAGACCAGCUGUUUCGUUGAUUGCAGUGACCCAGGUCAUAAAUUCGUUAAUUCUGCCUGGUUGUUUUCUAAGAUAUGACAAUAUGAUAAAUAAUAUUUUUAGAAAUUUUAAGGAUGAACCCGGCUGGAUACAUGUUUUUGCCACGAAACUUCUUGAAUGUAAUGCGGUAAAAUUUGAAAGACACCGCCAUCAGCGACCUUAAAGCCGCAAAACUUUUAAGUUUUCGAAGUGAAUUUUCCCUUGACUUUUCAACAACUAAUAAAAAUUACGUAGAUCGAGGUUUUAGGAUCCUCGAAUCUCUGACUUAAGACUUCUGUUUCCCUUCUCUUGUUCUAAAUUUGUUUAGCAUGUUACAAAUCCGCUAAAUAGCUCUCAGUCGUCUCGAAUAUCAAGCUUAAGCGGUCGGCUUUAAGACCUAUCAGGGUGGUCUUUGCACAUGGGCGUGAUACCUGAUCCACUCGAGAAAAACACAUCUCCUCGCAGCUUUCUUCCGGACACUGGACCGAGAAAUGCAAAUGACUCAUGAUAGACUUUGAACAGUCAGUCUAUCUCGGCACAAUAAAUCCGUAGCGCGAGUCUAAAAAGAAUGGCUCAUGAAAGACUUUGAACAGUCAGUCUAUCGCGGCACAAUUAUGACGCAGCGCGAGUCCAAAAGGGAAAUACCUCGCUACCCCGGAACUCGUAAACAUUUUUUUCGUGGCCGUCUGCUACUACUGUCUCUUCGAAUGGAUUAUUCGAUGUUUAGGCUUCUGGAAGAGGGGGGAAGGGAUUUAGGCUGUAGUUGCGCUUGAUUCUUUAAUCGCUUGAGUUUUAGUCGACCUGGAGCUUGGUGGAAAGGACGUGACGGCUAGAACGAGGGGAACACAAGGAAAGGGGCGCAACGAGAACAGAGCGCCUAUUCGUCGUGUGGUCUUCCUUCGUCCUUCGUCCAAAUAAAGGGGAUCGGAAUGAAAGUAUCGCUCGCAUGCAAUUAGCUGAAGGAAACCAUUUGAAAGUGUCAAAAUUUCGUGCUUGUUAUAUUUAAACAGACAAGGUGCUUGUCUCAUAAAACGACAAUCGGAAGUGACUGGUUAUCUCCACGAGAAAAUAACUCCAUUAUUUUCUCAUGCAAUCACAAAACCCAAUUUACCUGAAAGUAUUGUAAGAAAAAAUUCCAAUUCGGGAGAAGAUUCCAGGACUUUUUAUCUCGGCAGGUGGAUAUUUCAUCACCCAUAUCCUGUUUUUCGCCCUUAGAGGGCUGAUUUAGACAGCAAAGUUUGUUUCGCCUAGUUUCUAUGAUCUGCGAGGUCGUUUUGAGAGUUUUUUUUUUAACGGUGGAGCUGUAGGUACCUGGAAAAAGGAGAUGGAGGCUCGAGAAAUUCACAUAAACAAGCUAAGCAGGAUAUAUAUAGUUUAAAACGGAUUAAGAAUGCUGUACCAACACAAUGCGAGCCCAUGUAUUUUACUCUAUCAGGUGCACGGACAGGACGAAGAUCCUUGUAAGGGUGUGGUCUGUCCAAGGGGGCGAAUGUGUGUGUCCUCCACGGACAGCGGUGAAAGCUACACUACUUGCGAGUGUCCAGAAGAAUGUUCAGCAGACUCUGAACCGGUUUGUAGCUUUUAUCAUAGAGAGUUCAACAACCGAUGCGAAAUGCACAGGUACGCAUGCGCACACGACCUGACAAUGAAAGUAAUGAACCGAGGAAAGUGUCCGACAGAGAGUAAGUGAAGCAGAUGUUACUUAAUCUACCAGUUAUCUUGUGAUAAGUCGUUGACGAAGAUAUACGAGUUUAAUUAAUAUAAGAAAGUGAGAAAUCAUGAAAACCGACAAGUCUUUUUAACCCUCUAAUUUUUCUCGAUUCGUAUUUUUCCGUUAGUUUUUUUAAACGUUUACUGUUGAUUGCAUGAGAUUGAUUAGAGCUUAAAGCCAGUGACAUCCUAACCGGUGUAGGGUGAGAAGAAUGGUAGGAAGGGUGGAAGUGUUAUUAUUUUUUCUUACUAUCCUCUCCCCUCCCUCCCCUCCCCCCACCCACGCCCUCUGUACUCGAAACUUCAACAAUUUCAAUUUGUCGUAAGUGAUUAGGCGUUAAUCCUUUAACUCCCAUGAGAAACCAAGACAGAAUUUCUCCUUACAAUACCAAUACAAUAUCAACCAGAUAAAUCGUGAGGAAAGAGAAAAAUAUCAAUUAGGGGAUAAUGAGUUGAUCUAAUACUAAAUUCUCUGAACUAACAUUAGAAGAAUUGUAUGAUUGAAAGUAAGGAGAAUUACAAAUUUGGUCUAGGAGUUAAAAGGUUAAGGAAACACAGACGGUUAACUCUGUACCGACUUAAACUCGCGAUGAGGCCUUAAUUCAGUUUGUAACCUCGCGUAAGAGGAAGAGGGCAGGCGGGAACUAUUGUCGAUCCCUUCUGUUAAGACUUCCCCCAGCAAGCCCACAGGUUCCAAAAGCGCCCUAUUUGUGUUUUCUCAAGAAUUUGUCACGUCAAAAUACGAUGCAGUCAGAAUUAAUGGUUAAAACGCAUAAAUGACAUCUUUUUCAGAUCAGUAUGCCUGUUCAGACCAGUUUCUGCUUCAGUUCCCGACUCGCUACCUAGAAUGGAUCACAAUCGCACGAGAACAUUCUAUAGACCCCACCACCUCGUUGGACUUCAAUGCACGAGCCGACGGGCUCACUGAAGACGAACGUAAAGAAAUUUUGUCGGUGAGUGCGUACUUAGGGGCGAAUCCAGAAAUUUUUGAUGGGGGGGAGGGGAGGGAAGGGGUUGACUUACAAGUUACUCAAGACAAUCCGAAGAGGGCCUCGCAUCAUAUCCUUUAUUGAAAUUUUUUCAUUUCUUCUUUUAUUUCAGUGGGAAUUUGAGUACAUUGACCGGGACAAAAAUAACGUUCUGGAUACAGCGGAAAUUCAAGAUGUAUUUUCUGACGUUCUUGAUUUCGAGCCAUGUCUCUAUGGCUUUCUCAAGUCGUGUGAUCUAAACGAGAAAGAGGGAAUUGAUAAGCGCGAAUGGGAUUUCUGCUUUCCAAAGACAGGUAUUUCUAGAACAAUCAGAAAUAUUCAAACAAUUCAUUCCUAAAGUAAAAAAAAGAUGUUUUCUCGAGCUGUAGAGAAGCUAGUAUAUGGUAUACCACGCCUAAACGUUUUCUGUGGUUUCUUAAUCUUGAAUAAAUAUUGUCGUGCUGUGUUACGUUAUGUAAUGUUACGUUAUCGCGGCUACGUUGUGUAAUGAUAAGUACUCACGUAGUGCGGUUAUUAGAGCAUUACAUUGCGUGCAGGCCCUCAUGAUCAGCGCUUCGGUUCAAAUGUUCCUUCGUCCGCCAGCUGGCGAGACAUCCGCAGUCUGCAAAGGGUCUGUCAUUGAGUAUUAGCCAGAUUCCCGGCAAGCCUCUACCUGACUCGUCGCAUAUUUCUCCAGGGGCAGAGAAAGGCGCGUCUCGCAUGGCUAUUAUUGGCUAUUGUCAGGAGAAUUCUUUUGCUAUUUCAACAUCCGAGCCGGAACGCGUAAUCGUAAGAACUUCAUUUCAAAUCGGCAAGGUUGACGCAGAUGUUUCUUUCUGUCCCUCGCUCGAAACAGAUGUUUGAAGUCUUUCGUGGUACUUUAUCUUAGUGUAUGGAUGACAUAUGGGAAAAUAUUUACAUUUCAGUUUUUGUUUACUUUUCAGGUACUGCUUUCGAGACCAGGAAAUGAAAAGGCUUCAACUCACGAUUUGGAAAAUACAUUAUUGUACAAUUUGUUUGACUGGGAGAUUGCUGAAUUUUCUCAUGUUACGUUAAGGCUGGAAGAGCCAAAUUUGUUGAACGUUUCAGUUUGUGUUUCGUGCUUGUCGCGAACGCUAUUAGAUGUUUAAUUAGUUCAUGUAGGUCACGGAAUAAACACAGGCAGACGGGCACAAAAAGCAGAUUUGUUCACUCCUUCCCGUCCCUACUUUUCUUUGCCUCUGACCAUUACAAAUUACUAAAUAAACGAGAGACUACAAUACGAGCGCCC